CAUAGUUAGCUAACGAUGCUUUUGGGAAACGCACCCCAGACUAGCAUGCAGCUACAGUAGCGAGAGACGCGUGCAUUCAUAAACGGCGUUCAAGGCGCGAAUACGGUACAACAUAGGGCAUGGAACUCUUACAUAUUAAGUAUUUUUUAACAAAUGGUCAGUGAAAGGUGCUUAACCUUCAGAAGAUGUCGAUGAUCAACCUUUAGGAGGUCAGACAGAAAAUUAUUUUUGUUGUUGAUGUGUGGUUUGAAGAGAGGUGAUGGAUGUCCGCAUGGUUCUGGGGGGUCCAGAUAACAUUCUCCUGGCCAAUAAUCCUGACGCAGGAAGUGGUUGUCUGAAGCAUCCCUGUGAGGACCAGGACAGAAGCUCCAGCCCGUCUGUCCUUCGUUCUGUGACCACCACAUGGAAGGAGGGUCUGCUGAACAGGAAGAGACCAUUUGUUGGAAGAUGCUGUCACUCUUGCACACCCCUGAGUCAGGAAAGGCUGUUCAAUCCCAGCAUCCCUUCACUAGGGCUCCGUAAUGUGAUUUACAUCAAUGAAACACACACAAGACACAGAGGUUGGCUUGCACGGAGACUGAGUUAUGUGCUGUUUGUCUUGGAGAGAGAUGUCCGGAAAGACAUGUUUGCUCGCAAUGUGGUGGAGAAUGUGCUUAACAACAGCAGGCUGGAAAGUGCUAUCGUGGAGGUAGCAUCCGAGGGUGCCAGCACAGAUGCAGAGUCUGGAGUGGAUUCUAAAGCUGUCAGUAAAAUUAGGCGAAAGGCCAGAGGAUUCCUGCAGGAAAUGGUUGCCAACAUUUCACCUGCCUUCAUCAGAUUAACAGGAUGGGUGUUGUUGAAAUUGUUUAAUGGAUUCUUCUGGAGCAUUCAGAUCCAUAAAGGUCAGCUGGAGAUGGUGAAGAAAGCUGCAUCUGAGUACAAUGUUCCCCUGGUCUUCCUGCCUGUUCACAAGUCCCACAUAGACUACCUGCUCAUCACCUUCAUCCUGUUCUGUCACAACAUCAAAGCCCCUCACAUCGCAGCCGGCAACAACCUUAACAUCCCCAUCUUAAGCACUCUAAUACGGAAACUCGGAGGAUUUUUUAUUCGUCGUAAACUGGAUGAGACUUCAGAUGGGAAGAAGGAUGUGUUAUACAGAUCACUGUUACAUGCAUACACGGAAGAGUUGUUGCGGCAGCAGCAGUUUUUGGAGGUGUAUUUAGAGGGCACACGCUCUCGCAGCGGGAAGCCGUCUCCAGCACGUGCGGGCAUGCUCUCAAUCGUGGUUGACGUACUCUGUGUCAACAGCAUCCCUGAUGUUCUGAUCGUGCCUGUAGGCAUCUCUUAUGACCGCAUUAUAGAGGGAAACUACAACAGCGAGCAGCUGGGCAAACCUAAGAAGAAUGAGAGUCUAUGGGGAAUUGCCUGUGGCGUGUUCAGGAUGCUCCGGAAGAAUUACGGCUGUGUGCGUGUGGAUUUCACACAGCCUUUCUCCCUUAAGGAAUACCUAGACACACAGCGCAGUCGCCAUCUCCAGACCUCUCUCACACUGGAGCAGAUCCUUCUCCCCACCAUCGUCGCUGCACAACCUGAUCAGGCUGUUUUUAAUGGAGAAGAUGAGGAUCAUCUGAAUUCUAGAGACCUGUCAGAUGAGCCCUGGAGGAGGCAGGUCAUCGCUAACCUGGCCAAGCACGUUCUCUUCACCGCCAGCAAGUCAUCAGCAAUAAUGUCCACUCAUAUCGUGGCCUGUCUCCUCCUGUAUCGGCACAGACAGGGUGUACUGCUGUCUAAACUGGUGGAGGAUUUCUUCAAUAUGAAGGAAGAGAUCUUGUCACGGGACUUCGACCUGGGUUUUUCUGGGAACUCAGAGGACGUGGUCAUGCAUGCGCUCAGCCUUCUGGGAAACUGUGUGAAUGUCACCAGCACCAACAGAAACACAGAGUUCAUCAUCGCCCCUAGCAACACUGUACCUGCACUCUUUGAGCUCAGUUUCUACAGCAACGGCCUUUUCCAUGUCUUCAUUGCUGAUGCCAUUAUAGCUUGCAGCGCGCUGGCCCUGCUGAGAGAGCAAUCUGCAACUUCAGUGAGUGAGCAGAAUUCUUCAUCCACGCUGCUCAGCCAGGAGAGACUGAUCCGCAGAGCUGCAGGCCUCUCCCACUUUCUGUCCAAUGAGGUGGCAGUAGCGCUGCCAUGUCAGACUUUGUACCAGGUCUUCCAUGAUGCUAUCACCAGGUUAAUCGAGUAUGGUGUGCUCAUUGUUGCUGAGGAGGACCAGGAGGAGUUGAGCCCUUCUGAGGAGCCUUGGCCCAAGAAGUUUCCAGAGGCUCUUGCUUGGCGAAGUGAUGAAGAUGAAGAAGACAGUGACUUUGGAGAUGAACAAACAGACCGUUACCUGAAGGUGAGCCCAUCAGCUGAGCACCAGGAAUUUUAUACUUUUCUGCAGAGGAUUCUCACUCCGGUGAUGGAGGCCUACAGUGGUGCAGCUAUCUUUGUACACAGCCUGAGUUCUCCCAUGUCAGAGAGAGAGUAUACACACAAGCUUUUCAAGUAUCUGCUGACACGUACAGAGAGAGGAGUGGCUGCAUAUGGAGAGAGUGCCACACACUACCUCGUAAAGAAUACAGUGAGAACAUUUAAAGAGCUGGGGGUGCUUCAAGAGAGACGAGAGGGUAGUGUGUGCCGUCUGGAGCUGAGCAGCACUUUUUUACCUCAGGCCAACAGGAACAAACUCCUGCACUACAUUCUGGGUUUCGGUCUGCUGUGAGACAUUAGGACCAUCAACACAGCUGCGCGGCUUUCCACCCCACUCAAGGGCUUUUUACUGGCUAAUCAUGACUGUCAAAGGUGCUAUACUAAGGAAAGCUUUACCUGGAAGUGCCUUCACCAAACACCUCAUACUAGACUUAAGUUAGUCUUCCUUUCACUGUAAACCCUCCACUUCCGCACUACUCAAUACUCAAGCAGUUCUCUCAGCCCUUUCGUUUACUAGAAGCUUCCAUUCACACAAUACUGUACCCGUUCUGCCAGUGAAAGCCCUUGGUUUUCAGCUCUCAAUGUUUAUAUGCAGUUUUUAACUCAGAUGAGUUCAUGAAGUCACUUUCAGUUUUAACAAACACAUCACUGGGAUGACGUUUAAAAAGGGCAUUUGAUUUUCUUUUUAACCACUGUUACUGUCAGAGCACGUAAAGAAACUCUCUACAUUAUUUUGUGGCAGAGAAUAGAAUGAUAAAACUUGUGUGGAGCAUCUUUUAAUAACAAGUGAAUGACAUAAUGGAAAUAGUGACUCAUUUUUGAAAACCCUGCAGCAAGUAUUUACUGAGAAAUCUGAGCCUUUAAUGUUCGAAUCGUGUAGUUUAGGUCAUGUUUAUUCACUUAGUCACGACACAUGGGUGCAAUUGGACGUCCAUGAAUGAUAGUUACAGCUAUGAUAUUGUGUAAUAAAGCAAACAGUAGAUACAUGUAAUGGUUUUAGCAGGCCUUGAUCAUGUGGGGGAAACAUUACUGAAAACUGAGCUUGAAUGCUUCUUCUCGGCUGACCAUUACAAGAUAUGUUUGUAAAAUUUAGAGGAGGUUCUCUUGCUGCCUAGCUCUUUGAUUCCCUCCUCAGUUACUAAUAUAUUUUAUUUUGGAGUUAAGAUCCUUGGUAGCGAGUCUUCUAUACUGUGAGCAUGUGUGCAAUAUGUCUGUAGUAUGUGAAUUAAACUGUAUUUAUGCCCCAAAUCUGUCUCAAAGCACAAUAUAACCAGAAUGCUGAAAAAGGCACAUUGCCUUCAUAACCGCUGGAAUAUUGUGUUUGUUGUUGAAUAUAUCGGGAGCCUGAGGGCAGGCAAAAAUUGAGGAUACCCUGUAAUGUCCCAAAACUACAAUUGACUUCAUCUUUAUUCUGUUUUUAUUAUCUGCUCUUUAGAAAGCCUCUUCUGCUGAUUUAUCAUUUCCAAUUUCGUAUGUCAUGUGUUUUGCAUUAUCCCGACCAAACCCCAUGCAUGUUUAGACAAGUCGUUGAAGAAAACUCCUUUGUACGUCAGCCUCUAGGGUGACCGUGAUUUCACCAAGUACAACAUGUUCCUGGAUCAA